GGAGGAACAAUGGUAAUGGUCGUGAGAGGAGAGACAAGGUGGCAAUCGCAGUAACAAAGAAUCCCUCCGCGCGCACCUAAGCCGCCAGCUACCCUGGGCUUGUGAUAACACGCACACCAUGGACGACACCACUCACCUGGUCUCGGACCUUCUCCAGAAGCUCGCCGAGCUUGACGGCGAGGUCGACGAGUAUCGCCGGGGCAUGGCCCAGCAGUUCUGUCGCUAUUCGCAUCAGCGACUGCAUGAUGUCCCGGGACACGUCUCUGCCGAGGUCGAGAGACUCGUCGCUGAACAGUUUCACAAUUACCCGGCGCUGAGCCCUAGUCUUGAGCGUGCGCGUGCCGUGGGCUGGCGAGCGCGAGGCGAUGCUGAUGUCGACACCGAUGCUGAUGCUGCCCGAUCCGAUGGGGAUCCGUGGCCGGACCACGGCCGCCUCUCGUCGCCACCGCCGGCUUCUCCUCGGGACCGAAACACACCUCUGGAGGACGGCCCGCGAAGCCCGCACGAUCGAGAGUGCGAGUUCUAUGGUCUGUUCACACCGAGCUAUCUCCCCUUGCUUGAUGCCGUGCAGCGACCUAGUUUCACACCUCCCCUGCCACCCCCUGUACCUGAAGCCAAAGAGCCUAACAGCAAUCAAGACAUCGCGCCUGAUGCUCUAGUUCCUAUCGGGUUGCCACCGAGACCAGAGCCGGUGAGACAAGACACUGUCUCUUCGACCACGUCGGACGAUAGUGUGUCGCAAGUACGGAGGAGCGCCCUUCGCCGAUCCUCGAGUUCGUCUGCCAAGGUCCAAAGCCCGAGGCGGGUACGCUUCGACGUGGAAGGUGAAGAGGUUCUUCCCACUUCAUCACCCCCAGUCUUACCACGAGCAUCAGAUCUUCCGUCACCCCUGUCCAGCAACCCCACUAUGCUGCAAGAUGAGUCAUACGAUGUAUCUGUCAUCCCGGCGGAGGAGGAGACGGGUCUACUAGGCAGCUCUCCGCCGACGCCAAAGAAGAUCACUUCGACGGAGCGAUUGAAGGCUAUGGCGAGAAGCUCAACCGAGGACACGUCCACGUGGGAGGUGGUUGGCAGUUUGGAGGUAACCGAUGACGAAGAAGACGAGUUAGUCAUGGCCGGGUUAAAUGGACGAAAAUCCAAUGACGGACCCCGGCUUGCAGCCAAUCACGUAGGCUCCGAAAAUACGACGCCUCGUAUAAAUCAUGCGCACCUCCCACCUCAACCCAGCGUGCCUUUGCCCGCCGUAGAGGAGAUCGAAGAAGGCGAAGCCGCUGAAGAAACUGAGGACGCUGACGCACUCAUGAUGCCUCCAUUGAGCUCCUUCAAGGACAAGAAGCGGUUCUCCCCUCCGCUUCCGACCGCUCCCAGUUCGGAAGCAACCGUCGCGGCUCGACUUCGUGAGUCGACAAAGGAAGGGCGCAGCCCGCCAACGGAAUCGUCCGGUCUCGUCAGCGAGGCCACGUCCGACGAGGAAACCACGUUUCAAUUUGACCGCAAUCACGACAUAUUAUUAGACGGAGAUGACAAGACUAGAAAGUACAUUGAGGAGGAGGAGGAGGAGGAGGAGGAAAACGACGGUGUCGAGGGUGAUGCGACGGCUACAGCCGAAAGCAUGGUUCUAUACUCUACAUCCCCCGCGAUCCCCGUGACCAAGGCCCGGCCCGCUGCUACCUCUACCCCUCCGCCUUCCUCGCCGCCCUCUCGUCAAAUAGCUCCGUCUGCAGGAUCGUAUCGAGGAAAGCCUUUCUCGAUCAGCAUCGUCCGCGACCCAGAACUGCAUAGAAAAGCCGCCGAGAUGGGCGACUUCUACACAUUCGUCGGUAGCGUUGAUGGGCGAAGUGGUAUCGACGAAACGAGCAGCUACCGGCCCGAGCUGACUUAUUUUACUGGCACACCACGGAGCCUGAGCGAACGAUUGAUGAGGGAGGACAUGGACGAGACGCAUCAGAGCAAAUAGGCAAGCCGGCGCAACUAAGAUCUCGCUGCCUAACUCCAGCCAGGCAUAAUAAGUAUCGCUUCGGAGGUGGCCCGGUCCUUGGUCGGGUUUUCUUCUCACACAGACUCGUUAGAGGAGGGCAGGGGGGCAUU